AUGAAGAUCCUCUAUAUCGGAGUCCUACAGAAUGCCCAACAGCCAGCGGUGGAGCUGUGUGCGGAGCGCGAGCUCACCAGCUACUCGCGCUUCACUAGGGGCAGCAUCAGCGAGUUCAUGACCAUGUUCAGCAAGACGGUCGCCGAAAGAACAAAGCAAGGCCAGAGACAAGAUAUCCAGGAGCAAGGCAAGUGGUUACCUGUGCCUCCUCGCCACCCGACCACAUCCCCCCUGACCGCCCCUCCUGUUCUUAGAUUUCACCUUCCACGUAUCCUCUCCAAGGUCCUCGAUGAGUUCCUCACCCUCAACCCCAACGCAGGCACCUCCACCCAGCCCGUCUCCUUCCCCUCCCUGAAGACAUACAUCUCGGCCUACCAGGACCCACACCAGGUGGACAGUAUCAUGAAGAUUCAGAAGGAGCUGGACGAGACCAAGAUUGUUCUCCACAAGACUAUCGAGAGCGUCCUGGAGCGUGGAGAGAAGAUUGACGACCUGGUCAACAAGAGCGAGGGUUUGUCCUCGCAAUCAAAGAUGUUCUACACCUCUGCGAAGAAGCAGAACAGCUGGUAA